CUAGCGCCCAGACCCGCCUUUUGGAUUCGAAAUCCGUUUAAAAAUUGCAGAGUAGAAUGACAAUCCAUCUCUUUCACUGCCCAAUUCUCCCUUAUACGUAUAUAUUUCUAUAUUAUACAGAGAUACAACCUUUUUUUUCUAUAUUAUACAGAGAUACACACUGAUGUGAUUAAACAUUUUAUAUAUAAUUGUAUCUGUCAGCAAGAUUUCCAUAUCUAAUUCCGUCAUUUUUCUUAGUGUUUUGCUUAGAAAUCGGUGUCAAGUUAGGUAAAAACUCAACUUGUAUCACUGUUUUCCAUUUUGUUGGGCAAUUUAGUGAAUAGGGACUUUUACAUUUUGGAGGAAUUAUGAUUGUUACCUUAUCAGCACCAAACUGCAUUAUGGUUCAUGUUGUGAUGUUACUCUGUUUUGGGAACAAAUAUAAGGGUUAAGGCUUUGUUUUUCAGUUUUGUGCUGUAUGGGAUUUGUAUGUUUCUGUGAAAGAAGAAAAACAUUAAAGUGCUUGUCUUGGUUUCUUGUUUGGUAAUUAGGCCAGGAUUUUCAUUUUUAUGACAGAAACUCAGACUUGAAGAACUUUUUGCGAUUCUCGAAGAAUGAGGGGCAAAGCGAUUUAUCUAGAAAGAGGGAAACGGUUAUUUUCUGAACAUAUACAUCUGAAAAUGUCUUGGAUUCAGCAGCAAAUCAAUCAAAAAGAUGGUGUUUUGACAUACCCACCUCCUGUUUAUCUUGUAUCAGCUUCCCCUUCCGUGCAUAAAGAAUCGAGCCCUUCUCCAUCUUCAUCCAGUAUCAGGAUUAGUCCUGCGGUUCUCUUCAUUAUAGUAAUUUUAGCUGCUCUGGUUUUGGUAUCAGGAAUUCUCCAUUUGCUCGUUCGAUUUCUUACAAAAAAUCCAUCAUCAUCGCAGUCGAACCGGAAUUUGGUAGUUUCGGGCUCUGAUGCUCUACAAAGACAAUUGCAACAACUCUUCCAUUUACACGAGUCUGGUCUCGAUCAAGCUUUUAUUGAUGCAUUGCCGGUGUUUAUGUAUAAGGAGAUUGAGGGUUCACAAGAGCCCUUUGAUUGUGCAGUUUGUUUGUGUGAAUUUUCCGAGAAGGACCAACUGAGAUUGCUCCCAUUGUGUAGCCACGCAUUUCAUAUCAAUUGCAUUGAUACUUGGCUCUUGUCGAAUUCAACAUGUCCUCUCUGUAGAGGGACCCUUUUCAAUCCUGAGUUCUCCACAGCGAACCCUAUUUAUGAUUACGAUGAUUUUAGGGAAGAAGAUGGAUAUCCGACCGAAGUAGAGAACGGGAAUUCUUUGGUUGAGAAGACAGGAGAAAUUGAGGAAGUCGUAGUAGAAAAGGCCGUUUUGCCCGUGAGGCUCGGUAAAUUCAGAAAAUUGGAAGAGGGAGAGGGGGAAUUAGCCGUAGAGACUAGUGAUAGUAAGUUGGAUGCUAGAAGAUGUUACUCGUUGGGUUCGUAUCAGUACGUAGUUGGAGUUGAUAAUCUCCGCGUACCCUUGAGCCAUGACCGAACUCAUCCUAAUGCAAAGCUGAUCAGAGGGACGGAACGAAUCAGUAAUCCUUCGAGUGAGGACGGGAAGAAGAUAAGUAUUGGGACGAAAACUGAUAGCUAUUCUUUUUCCAAGAUAUGGCUGUGGCCGAAGAGGGGCAGUUUUGCAAGUUCUUCAGAUGCCCAAAUGGAGUACCCGUCUUCUCUUAACAUGAACUUACCAUGGACGGAGAGAAGAGAAGGCGUCUGAAAGGUGCAUUAGACUUUGAUCAAUCUUGUAGCAGUGGCUUUCUACUGUAUUGAAUGUUAUAUACUCUGAUUCAAUGAAAUAAGGAUGAUAGUUCAUGACAUGGUAGAUCCAUAACUGAUGAGAAAUUUCAAUUCUUGAAUGUUACAUUUUGUUCGUAACUUCUUAAAAUGCUUGUUGAUUCAAUUUCGAUCUCUAACUUUCAAUUUUUGCAUAAGGUAUGAUACGGAUCAUGUUAUAUGGCGACUAGGAUGCCAGAUAUAAUACUUCCGUUUCAUUCUGGACAAUUUGAGUUGAAGGGCUAUGUUUAGAAUGAACGAAAAGUAGGAAGUACUGGACUUAUAUAUAUGUAUAGCU